UUUAACAAUACUUAUCAUUAAUUUCUAACCUAUAAGCGAAUAUUUGUUUAUAUCUAUUUGAUAAUAACAUGAUUAAUAUUGUUUAGACUUUAGAACCAAAAAUGUUUCGAAUAUUAAACAUCCUUCAUAUAGCUCGUCCUAUUAAAAUUGUACAGCGACAAAAUCUGUCGAACGGUCAAAAGAAGUUUUUCAGCUUAACCUCAAGAUUAAGACAUGGUGAAUAUGAAUGGCAGGACCCAAAGUCAGAGGACGAAGUUGUAAAUAUUGUGUACAUAGACAAAGAUGGUAAAAAAACAAAUGUAAGAGGCAAAAUCGGGGACAAUGUUUUAUAUUUAGCACAUAGAUUUGGUGUUGAGAUGGAAGGUGCUUGUGAAGCAUCAUUGGCAUGUACAACAUGUCAUGUGUAUGUUAACCAGGAUUAUCUCGAUAAACUAACAGACCCAGAAGAGAAGGAAGAUGAUCUAUUAGAUAUGGCACCAUUUUUGAAAGAAAAUUCUAGAUUAGGAUGUCAAAUUGUAUUAACAAAGGAAAUGGAAGGAAUGGAGUUAACAUUGCCAAAGGCAACGCGUAAUUUCUAUGUUGAUGGUCAUAAGCCUGCACCUCACUGAAUGAGAAAACAAUAAGUCAAGAUCAUGUCCUAUUUCGAUUUAAAAAAUUCAAUGGUUUUGAAAUGCAAUUUAAGUAAUUAUUUUGAUUUAGUUUUUAAAAAAUGUAUUUGCUUUAAACAUUAUUUCUAUAUAUUGUAUAUAAAAGCUUUUUUGUGUUAGACCAAACAGUAAGAAAAGUUAAGUAGUACAAAUAAAAG